AACCAACCGCUCAAGUAUGUAAGGCACAGAAAUUCCUGGUUUCUAAUUCUGUUGGUAUCUGCAAAUCUUCCUGAUCUUAAAGAAUUUCUUGUAUACUUAGAACUUAUAUCUAAACCACGACCCAACAAUGGCUAAACUCACAUUUACUCCAACGAUACCUCAGGGCUCCACUAUUCUAGUCACUGGCGCCAAUGGUUUGAUUGCUUCUCAUGCCGUUGAUCAAUUACUCGCAUUUGGUUAUAACGUUCGAGGUACCGUUCGGGACCCUUCAAAAUGUACGUGGAUGGAGCCACUAUUCUCCUCGCGGCAUCCCUCAAGUCACUUCGAGUUAGUGCAAGUGUCCGAUUUCGGCGCUCCGGGAGCUUGGGAUGCAGCUGUAAAAGGGGUUUCCGGCGUUGCAGCAGUGGCCGGCGCAGCAGCACUUACGAUUCAAGAUAUUGAUAGCGCUCUUGAGGAAGAGUGGCCUUGGAAUGAGUCGCUCCUCCAGGCGGCAAAGAAUGAGCCUAGCGUCAAGUCAUUCGCCUACACAACCAGUGCAUGGUCUGCAUACACCCCGGACCAGACCAAGAAAACCAAGUUGACGGAAUGGUCGUUUAAUGAACAUGCUGUUCAAGUAGUGAGAAGCAAUGCCACCCCCGAGGAGAAAGGCAUCAAGCCGUACAUGGCGUUCAAGACUUUACUUGAGCAGAAAGUCUGGGAUUGGGUUAGAAGAGAGAAACCAUCUUUCACUUUCAACUCGAUUCUUCCCGAGACUGUUAUCGGUAAAUGCCUUGACCCUAAGGGCCAAGGAUUUCCAAGUACAUGUGGCAUGGUCAAAUGGGUCGUCGAUGGGGUCAACCUGAAUCUGCUUGGCUCAAUACCGCCUCAAUGGCACGUCGACACCAUUGACUGCGGAUUGCUUUACGUGGCAGCUCUAAUCACCCCUGGGGUAAACGGGGAGAGAAUUUUCGGAUUUAGUGAUCGGUAUAGCUGGUCUCGUGUCGGCCAAAUCUUGCAGAAGCUUUAUCCCGAGAGAAAAAUACCGGUUUUGGAAGACAACGGCUGGGACCAGACAGAUGUUCCAAACCAGAGGGGCGAGGAGUUGAUUAAGGGUUUAGGCCAUAAGGGGUGGACUAGCCUCGAGGAGAGCGUCAGGGCUUGUGCAGAGGGCUUCAUGUAAGUAAGUAGCUAUGAUAACUAAGGUUCCGCAAUGUAUAAUACAACUAUACAUUAUGCGCAUAAUGUAUUAUACUUAUACCGUAUAAUAAAUUCAUUAUACGUAUAACGGAACGGAAAAACCCUCCGGCCCCACAUACCCCAAAUAUAUAAGAG